GCAUUGAAGCAUUGUUCUUAAGUUUGCAUUUGUUUUACAAAAAAAGAAAGGGCACUUGAUCACUGUUCAUCAUGGGUGUUCUUGGAGCCAUAGCCAGGAAUCUCGACACGGUUGUUGGGCCUAUGGUGAUGCUAAUCUAUCCCCUGUACGCUUCCAUUCGAGCAAUAGAGAGCCCUUCAGCUUUAGAUGACCAGCAAUGGCUGACCUACUGGGUCCUGUACUCUUUGAUCACAUUGUUUGAGCUCUCUUGUUGGAGAGCUUUGGCUUGGUUCCCCCUAUGGCCUUACAUGAAAUUGAUAUUUUCACUUUGGUUGGUACUACCCAUUUUUAAUGGGGCGGCCUAUGUAUAUGAAAACGUUGUGAAGGUACACAUACCAAACCUUAUUAAAUUGAAUCCUGAUCUUACAUCAAGCGAAAGGAGGGCGAUACAAAUGAUGACUCCGGAGGCAAGAGGCUCAGUGGAGCGAUUCAUUGCCAAAUACGGUUCCGAUGCGUUUGAGAAGGUCGUUAAAGCGGCUGAAAAGGAAGCAAAGAAACGUUAAGCGCAUCAAACUACUCUUGAUUACAUUCUUCUAAUUCUUGUUUCUUAAGGAAAGUGAGAGGCUGGAUAAUGGUGUAUGAUAGAACAUUGUACAAAACCCAUAUGCAAUAAGACUAUUUAUUUUUGGUGUUAACAUGAGAAUAUGAAGAGUGGUACCGAAAAGGUAAAAGUACACAAUAAGACUAUUUAUUU